AUGCGACGUGGGGACGAUUCGAUCGAGUUCGCUUUGGAGACGUGCCUGGUAGGUUCUGGAGUGUUUUUCUCGCGUGAUAAAACAUUGAACAAGCUCCUCAGUCUUCAGUAUCGCGUUCACUUCCAUAUAAUUGAACAGGAAAAGAUCAACGUAGCUGCGUGUAAGGUUUUGCUUGGCGAAUGCUUGAGGGCAGAGAAGGAUCUUGCAUCUGAUUUGCAUAAGAAAGUACUAUUUAAUUUGGUGGGGAUCUUGCAGUACUAUGCGAGUGCUCACGAGGAGUCUUCGAAUCAAUUGAAACAGGCGCAGGGACUCAAAAUCGACAACGAGGCAUUUGAGGUAUUCCUGAACUUGGAAAAUCUGUAUUAUAGAGGAUUGUUGGAAAAAGAUACAAAAUCUGUCUAUGUAAAGGAGCUAAUGGGUAUCGUUCCUAAAAUUCCAAAAGAGACGCACGCCCUGAUUUUUCAUUACAUGCAAUUGAUAAUUGACAAGCUUUCUAUGAAUUGGAAGACAGUACUUUCGAGCUUCCCACCAAGUCCUUUGACUUAUUACAUUGCUGUACAUCUGGAUUAUAAAGGACAUGAUGAAGAUCUACUGAAUAUUGGAAAGAAGUAUUUGGCAGCUGCGAAGUUUCCCACGGCCGAUGAAUUCAAUAACUUCGAUCUUGAAGAAUUCCAUGCAGUACUUCAGUACUAUUUCAGAACACAGAAGUCAAAGAUCUCUCAACAAUGGAAAGAGGUGAUUGUGGGAUCGAUGUCUAAAACUUUCCAAAGUAUGAGAGUUUCAAAAAGUGCCAUGUGUUACUUUGCGCAUGAAGGUAAAAUUCAUGAAUCCAUAUUGAACUUUGUUAAUCUAGUAAAUUAUAACAAGAACUACGAGGAUCUAAACAAUGGUAAGCUUUUUGAUUUCACAUCCCUAAUUCAGGUUUAUCAAUUUAUCCUGACCAAAGCGGCUGGGCAUGACAUACCCCAUAUUUUUAAUUAUCAGGAAACAGUAGAACGAUUUUUGAAGUUAUUAGAAACUUUUUACGCUCAUUAUUCUGUCCCUGUGAUAAAAAAGGAGGACUCCUUGGACUGGAUCUCUAACUGCACAAGACUUGUGCUCCCCAGGAUGUUAACAAAACUAUUAGCAAAAUCCUGGCACACCUUUUACAUCCAAAAUUCCCAGAGCCUCUCAAAGCUCAUAAACAACGAUAACAGUUACUAUUUGGCAAACUCACUAAGUGCUGAUCCAAAUAAUAGCACCGUUAAAUUCCAGUACGCAUUUACGUUAGCCCAAAGAAGAGAGAUUCAGCUGGCAAUCAAAUUUACCAAAUCUGCUAUUUUGGAAACUGAACCGAACAAUUAUCAGGCUUGGCACUUACUUGCCUUAUGCGAGUCUGUUAAUGAAGAUAAAGAUGUGUCUUUCAAAAUUGUGUGUUCAGUACUAGAGGCAAUGAGAGAAGCUAAUGAGGAAGGAUCGAUAAGCUCUGCACGCGACAAGUGGCAGUAUAUUCAUCUCAAACUUACUCAACUAAGCAUUAUGGAAGACAUUCUUGGUGCAAAUGAUGCUCUUGAACUGCUACCUGAUUUAUUUCAGCUGUUUAAUAAUCUUUUUGAAAAAGGCGAAUCUAAUAUAGGCGCUGCUUCAAAUCAAACGAAAGAGUACCUUUUGCAACUAUUGUGGCUAUUUGCUUCAAGAUUAUACAUGAGUGCGGAAAAUCAAGAUGAGGCAGAAAAGUCACUUUCAGAAUCGUUGAAGGUAGAAGCAGGAUUCAAAAAUUUGAACAAUAAUCUUGCGGCGGGGUAUUUGGCUUUAGAAGCUGAUGGAAACAAAGCCCUUAAGGAGUUUGAAACAGUGCUAUUCUAUGACAAGCUAAAUGUUGACGCAAUAGUUGGUAUUGCGAAAUCAUUACUGCCUGACGUGCAGGUAGAAUCCCAACAUAAAUUAGUAAAAAUAGGUACAAAGCCUAAACUUAGAAGGGACGGAUUUUCUGGUGAAAGAGAUAGAUCAGCUGCUUUUGCGAGAUUGAAGCUCUUAUUAGAGCAGGCCAUUGAGAAAUCGAUAGAUGCUUACAACACACCGGAGGUUUGGUGGUACUUAUCUCAAAUAUACGAAUUGUAUGGGGAUGCUGACAGACAGGAAAUCUCGCUCUGGAACUGCGUGAAAUUUCAAGAGUUGCAGCCAAUACGUGACUUCAGAAAUUGUAAUCUUUAA